ACCAGUGUCAGUUGUCAAGAGCUUCUCCCUUCCACUGGACCACCUCCCCUUCUUAUUUCAAUUCUCCACCUUCUUAUCAGUAUCAAUUGAUCUACUACAUCAUGACAUUAUUAAUCGCAUCACUACUUGUCACUUUGUUGGUCAUCUUUGAACAGAUCAGCUCUGUCGGAACACAUAUCUCAUCAAACAGCUUAUCCAGCAAACCAAAACGAUAUGAAUAUAAUUCUCAAUGGUGUAAAGGACCAAUCGAUGGAGAUUGUAAUCCAUAUAACUGUGGAGGUGGAUGCGAAUCUAAAUAUAUUCGAUUCUACGACCAAUCCUACAAAAUGGAUCGAACGAUAAAAAGUUGUUUUUGUCAACAAGAGAGACUUUGCUCAAUUCUCGGAAUGCACGCUUUCUCCGGAUGUAAAUCUUAUUAUCAAUUGAGCUCGGUUGCUCAGAAAUUUGUCAGAGAUUGGCUCGCAACGACACUCCGAGAACCCGUCACGACUGAUACUUUUGAAAGAAGUCAUGCGCCUUUAAGAUUUUGGAGCAUGGACAAUCUUGAUAGGAAGAAUCGUCACUCAAAUAAUGUUCGUCAUCGUUAUUCAGAUAAGACACGACAUUUCCAACUCAUAAAUGGAAGAUCUCGUUUCUGUUGCCGAGCUACUGCACAAAAACGCUUGGCUUUACACUUAAAAUCCUCCAGUCUCAACUUCAAGAUUAUUUUAGUUUUACUUCCAAUUGUGUAUCCCCUAAUUUAUUAAAUACAAGAAGCAUCUUCGUGUCAUGUUCAAAACCACAUGUGGUUUUUCUUUAGUUCAAAACCCAAUCAUCCUGCCUUUCCCUUCAAUCACGUGUAUAUACUUAAGCUUGUAUUCUUCCAACUCGGAACUAUGAAUUAAUGAAACCGUUAGAAAUGAU